AUGCUUCGGCACGCCCUUGCAACCACGCGCCUUGGCUUCAAACCUCUCCCGUCGACAGCACUGCGGUUCUUCAGCACCGGUCCGUCUCUCAGUUGCAAAGCUCGAGUCAGCCAGCUUCUCGAGCAAGCCCAGUCAGUCCUUCCAGAGGCAUACAAGACCGUCAAGGCCAAACCCCCGUCCGACAAGGCGCACCGGCGCAGCCAACUCAUAUGGCUCGUUAAGCACUCCCUCGGAAAGGACCCCGCGGCAAAUAGGAUUCCGUCGCCUCACGAGAGGCCGUGGGACAACAGUGGUGCGCGGGACGAUGACAGCAGCAAUGAGAAGGGCGCUCAGUCCUGGGAAGGCCCGACGGUGUGGCCCCACUUGUGGUUCGUAUCCCCCUUCGCCGUGCUCUGGAAUAUAGAGUACUCAUAUGAACGACAGGUGAGCAUAUUUCGCCUGAGCGCAGACCUCGAAAGCUUCCACAGACGGCAGCCAUCUCUUCUCCCAGCCUCCCGCCCAGCUACUCUCAGAUCGGAUCGGACUGGCUUUUCGCAAUGA